CUCUUCGCUUUUAACGUCUUUUCCGGUUCCUUUCCCUUCUCUGUGCCGUCAGUGGACCUAAACGUGUCCCGACAACAUGGCACUUUAUAACUUUAAAAAGAUUAUGGUGGUUCCCACCGCCAAGGAAUUCAUCGACAUCACUUUAUCCAAAACUCAAAGGAAGACGCCCACGGUGAUACGCAAGCAUUACCAGAUCCACCGCAUCCGACACUUUUACAUGCGUAAGGUGAAGUUCACACAGCAGAACUAUCACGACCGGCUCACGCAGAUCCUCACCGACUUCCCCAAACUCGACGACAUCCACCCGUUUUAUGCUGAUCUGAUGAACGUCCUGUAUGACAAAGACCACUACAAGUUGGCCUUAGGACAGAUCAACAUCGCCAGGAACCUGAUCGUUAAUGUUGCCAAAGAUUAUGUGCGUCUGAUGAAGUACGGAGAUUCUAUGUAUCGAUGCAAACAGCUGAAGAGAGCCGCUCUGGGUCGAAUGUGCACCAUCCUGAAGAGGCAGAAAUCCAGCCUGGAAUAUCUGGAACAAGUGCGUCAGCACCUGUCCCGUCUGCCGAGCAUCGACCCGAACACCAGGACCUUGCUGCUGUGCGGGUACCCCAACGUGGGCAAGUCCAGUUUCAUCAACAAGGUCACCAGAGCAGAUGUUGACGUGCAGCCGUACGCGUUCACCACCAAGUCUCUGUUUGUGGGUCACAUGGACUACAGAUACCUCCGCUGGCAGGUGGUGGACACGCCCGGUAUCCUGGACCACCCUCUGGAGGAGAGGAACACCAUCGAGAUGCAGGCCAUCACGGCUCUGGCUCACCUGCGGGCGGCGGUCCUGUACGUCAUGGAUCCGUCGGAGCAGUGCGGCCACACGCUGCAGGAGCAGCUGGAGCUCUUCAGCAACAUCCGGCCGCUGUUCGCCAACAAGCCUCUCAUUAUUGUUGCGAACAAAUGUGACGUGAAGAAGAUCAGCGAGCUGUCAGAGGAGGAUCAGAAAAUCUUUGCAGGCCUCUCUGCUGAGGGGAUCCCCGUCAUCGAGACGAGCACGCUGACAGAGGAGGGGGUCAUACAGGUGAAAACUGAGGCCUGUGAUCAACUUCUGGCUCACCGUGUCAACACCAAGAUAAAAGGCAAGAAGGUCCACGAUGUCCUCAACAGGCUGCACCUGGCCAUGCCUGCCAAGAGAGACGAGAAGGAUAGACCUCCCUUCAUCCCAGAGGGAGCUCUGAACCGAAAGAAGGCCAUGGAGGUGGAUACACCCAAACGCAAACUGGAGAGAGACCUGGAGCUGGAGCUCGGUGACGAUUAUGUUCUGGACCUCCAGAAAUACUGGGAUCUGAUGAACGAGGAUGAGAAGUCCGAUAGGAUUCCUGAAGUGUGGGAGGGCCACAACAUUGCAGAUUACAUCGAUCCUGACAUCAUGAGGAAACUGGAGGAGCUGGAGAAGGAGGAGGAGCUGAAGGAGCGAGCCGGCGAGUACGAAUCGGAUGAGGACAGCGAGGACGAAGAGAUGCAGGAGAUCCGCACCCUCGCCAAGCAGAUCCGGCAGAAGAAGCAGCUCCUGGUGCUGGAGUCCAAGGAAAAGGACGUGCACGGACCUCGCAUGCCCCGGACCGCCACCAAGGUUGAAAAGAAGAAGCUAGAGAAGCAGAUGAGUAACCUCGGUCUGGACAUGAACGACAAGAACGAUAGCCACUACGCUCUGCAGGCCCGGCGCUCCCGCAGCAUCACAAGGAAACGCAAGCGUGAAGCUUCAGCACCUCCGACCUCCAAAACCCGCAGCCAGAGCGCUUCCCGUCCUCCACGAGACCAGUCUGGUUUACGGGAUGUGAAGAUGGUGAAGAAGGCAAAGAAGAUGAUGAAGAACUCCCAGAGAGACAUGAACCGCCAGGCCAGGAAGGGAGAGUCCGACAGACACGUGUUUGACCUCAAACCCAAACACUUGCUGUCCGGGAAGAGGAAGUCAGGCACCAAAGAUCGCAGAUAAAAACUGCUUUUCCUGGACUGAAAUAAACAAGCCGACUGUAACAUCAGUUAUAACAAGACUGUCUUAUUUGCCUUUGUUUUAUGACACAGAAACAGAGACUCAAAAACCAGUUAUGCUUGAUUCUCAGAGUAAUAUGAUGAUGUCUGAUAUCAUUGAGUUGAUUUCUUCAUCUUUCUCUGAAGUAACCUUUCAUGCCUUGUGUGUGUGGAUCAGAGCGUGCUCGGCGCUCUUUGGAUAAAGUGAUGAUGUUUUCUGUAUAAUCUUCUUUUGUGAAAUACUCCAUAACAAAGAAGGCAAAUAAACUCCUGAACUAAA